GGCUGGGGCGGUAGCUGCGUCCCGGCUCGGAGCCCGCGAACAGGACGAGGAGGAAGACGCCGCCGUGGCCGCGGCCGCAGUGCUCCGGGCGCCACUCGCCCCGAGCAGCGGCCCCGCCGACGACCCCGCUGCCGCUGGCCGCCGCUGAGUCCGACCGGGAGACCGCUCGCAGCUCCCCAGCGCCCUCCCCGCCGGCACCCUCGCGCCCAGAGAAACAUGAUUCCGGUGACAGAAUUCCGGCAGUUCUCUGAACAGCAGCCUGCCUUCCGUGUGCUGAAACCAUGGUGGGAUGUGUUUACCGACUACCUUUCGGUAGCUAUGCUGAUGAUCGGUGUGUUCGGAUGUACUCUGCAGGUCAUGCAAGACAAGAUAAUCUGCCUUCCAAAGAGGGUUCAGCCUUCUCAGAACCACUCUUCCAUCAAUGUCUCUCAGGCAGUUGCCACCACCCCACUGCCUCCCCCUAAACCAUCUCCUACUAACCCUGCCACUGUGGAAAUGAAAGGACUAAAGACAGAUUUGGACCUUCAGCAGUACAGUUUCAUAAACCAGAUGUGUUACGAGCGAGCCCUCCACUGGUAUGCCAAGUAUUUCCCUUACCUUGUGCUCAUCCAUACCCUGGUCUAGCUCUGCCGCAACUUCUGGUUCAAAUUCCCUGGCUCCAGCUCCAUAGAACAUUUCAUCUCGAUCCUGGGUAAGUGUUUUGACUCUCCAUGGACCACCCGGGCUUUAUCUGAAGUGUCUGGGGAGGUCGAAGAAAAGGACAACAGGAAGAACAACAUGAGCAGGUCCAACACCAUCCAGUCUGGUCCGGAAGGCAGCCUGGUCAACGCUCAGUCACUAAAGUCGAUUCCCGAGAAGUUUGUGGUCGACAAGUCCACGGCGGGAGCACUGGAUAAGAAGGAAGGUGAGCAGGCAAAGGCCUUAUUUGAGAAGGUGAAGAAGUUCAGGCUGCAUGUAGAAGAAGGUGAUAUCCUAUAUGCUAUGUAUGUUCGCCAGACUGUACUUAAGGUUAUAAAGUUCCUGAUCAUCAUUGCCUAUAAUAGCGCCCUGGUUUCCAAAGUUCAAUUUACAGUGGACUGUAACGUUGACAUUCAGGACAUGACUGGAUAUAAAAACUUUUCUUGUAAUCAUACCAUGGCCCAUCUGUUCUCAAAACUGUCCUUUUGCUAUCUGUUUGUGAGUAUCUAUGGACUGACGUGCCUUUACACCUUAUACUGGCUGUUCUAUCGUUCUCUCCGGGAAUACUCUUUCGAGUAUGUCCGGCAGGAGACUGGAAUCGAUGAUAUUCCCGAUGUGAAAAAUGACUUUGCUUUUAUGCUUCAUAUGAUAGAUCAGUAUGACCCUCUGUAUUCCAAGAGAUUUGCGGUGUUCCUAUCUGAAGUGAGCGAGAACAAAUUAAAGCAGCUGAACUUAAAUAACGAGUGGACUCCUGACAAACUGAGGCAGAAGCUCCAGACGAAUGCCCAUAACCGGCUAGAAUUGCCUCUCAUCAUGCUCUCUGGCCUUCCAGACACGGUUUUUGAAAUCACAGAGUUGCAGUCUUUAAAGCUUGAAAUCAUUAAGAACGUAAUGAUACCAGCCACCAUCGCACAGCUAGACAAUCUCCAAGAGCUCUCGCUGCACCAGUGCUCAGUCAAAAUCCACAGUGCAGCGCUCUCUUUCCUGAAGGAAAACCUCAAGGUCUUGAGCGUCAAGUUUGAUGACAUGAGAGAGCUGCCGCCCUGGAUGUAUGGGCUCCGGAAUCUGGAAGAGCUCUACCUGGUUGCUCUAAGUCACGAUAUUUCCAAAAAUGUCACUCUUGAGUCUCUGCGGGAUCUCAAAAGCCUUAAAAUUCUCUCUAUCAAAAGCAACGUUUCCAAAAUCCCUCAGGCCGUGGUGGACGUGUCCAGCCAUCUGCAGAAGAUGUGCAUACACAACGACGGCACCAAGCUGGUGAUGCUCAACAAUUUAAAGAAGAUGACCAAUCUGACGGAGCUAGAGCUGGUCCAUUGCGACCUGGAGCGCAUUCCCCAUGCCGUGUUUAGUCUGCUCAGCCUCCAGGAAUUGGACCUCAAAGAAAACAAUCUGAAAUCUAUAGAAGAAAUCGUUAGCUUCCAGCACUUGAGAAAGUUGACAGUGCUCAAACUGUGGCACAACAGCAUCACCUACAUCCCGGAGCAUAUCAAGAAACUCACCAGCCUGGAGCGCCUGGCCUUCAGUCACAACAAAAUAGAGGUGCUCCCUUCCCACCUCUUCCUAUGCAACAAAAUCCGAUACUUGGACUUAUCCUACAAUGACAUUCGGUUUAUCCCACCUGAAAUCGGAGUUCUACAAAGUUUACAGUACUUUUCCAUCACCUGUAACAAAGUGGAGAGCCUUCCGGAUGAACUUUACUUCUGCAAACUUAAAACUCUGAGAUUGGGAAAAACAGCCACUCGUACUUUCCCCGAAAUCGGAAAUUUGUAGUUUCUUUCCUACUUAGACGUUAAAGGCAAUCACUUUGAAAUUCUCCCGCCUGAACUGGGUGACUGCCGGGCUCUGAAGCGAGCUGGGUUAGUUGUCGAAGAUGCUCUGUUUGAAACUCUGCCUUCUGACGUCCGGGAACAAAUGAAAGCAGAAUAACUUAUUUUUCUUUAGAGCUUGACUGACACAUGCUUCUACCAAAUACAGUAUCAAUAAUUAGGUAGUCUUAAUGCCUUUCCUAUUUUAUUUUAUUUUUUUUCUCUUUCACACAAAAUGAAAUGUACACAGAGAUUGAGCAAGGAGUAUGUAUUUUUUAAUAAAAAUUUAAUUGUAUUUUCUCAACAUUAAUAUUUUAAAGUUUUAUUUGUCCUGGAACCUAAUGUAUCUAUUAUUGUUUUCUACUGACAGGAACAGGUGGUUCCAUCUGUUUUUUGUUUUGUUUUUGUUUUUUUUUUUUGGUUUUUUUGUUUUUUUCCUUUUUUUCCAUUCUUGUGAAAGGGAGGGAAUUUUGAGUUGCAUGCUUUUGGUAUUUUUUAAAUAGUCAUUUUGCCAAGGUCAUUUUUAGCUUGUUUACACCUGUACAGAGUCCUUGUUUUGUUUUCAUUGUGUAUGUACCAAGGAAUUUCAGCUAGUUUAUUGUAAUACCAGCUGCCUUCUCCAUUGGCCACGUCCUUCAUCCUACAGAAAAUUUUUCUCUGGAGUGUAAAUUCACAUAAGUGCAUUGUCACAGACGAGUGUUUUUAAAAUUUCUCCUCCUCUCCAAAAGAACCCUAAAUUGUGUUAUUUCAUAUACCUGACAGUGAAAGUUAUCCUUAGGCUAGGAUUUUGUGAGUGAAGACAAUAAUCUUCCAUGGUUGGCUUACUCGAAUCGGUCAUUUGUAAUCUAACUGAUCUGCGUUUUCAACGACGUUUCAAAAAUAUCAUUUAAAAGCAAAAUACAGAGGCCCGCCCCGCCCCUCGCCUUUUAAUCUUAAUAUUGCUAUGUAGUACUGGUGAACAACCUUAGAGAAGCUAGAUUUAUUUUAAUUAAAAUAGAUAAUUAAAUUUAAAAAUCAGAAUCAGAAGCCUGGUUUUUAAGUAAUUUAAUAAUCUCUGAUAUCUUGAUAUGUGGGUACAUCAGAUGGAAAAAAAAAAAUCGCUGCGAAAGCACUCUGUUAAAGGGCUGGCGCACUGUAGUCAGGCGCCCUGAUUGCCCUGGGCGGUGUGGGGUGGUCAUCUAUUCAGAUUCUGCCUGUUACACAAAAUACCCAUAUAUACAGACAUGGAGCUCCCUUAACCCUGCCCUUGCUGCAGAUGCCAGUGAUGCAAGCACAGGAACUUUCUGCUCUCUUUUGGCUUAAAAUAAGCAUCUCAUCUAAAAUGGUUCUUUUACUUUUGUUUCAAAGGGGCGAAUAAAUAGCUAAGCGGAUGUCACUCAACUAAUUUUUGCUUGAUGGUCAGCGGAGCUUUUAUUUAUCUUUGUAUUUAAACCAACAUAGUAUGCACCUUGGGCAAAAUCCAUCACUGAUUCUUACUCUGUUAGAACAGGAAAAUGAAAAGACUAUUUUGUGCCCUCAAUCCAGGAACAGUAUCACCAAUCAUGGGAUUUUUGUUUUACGUAGUGAAUCCAUACGGACUGUUUCCGGAACUCUAGUCUGAUCUAAGAAAGUUUUGUGACUUAACAGCGCAAGAAAAUAGGAAGAUGAUUUGGGGGUUUCAGAACACUGCUUUUAGAAUUUGCUCCUUGGUCCUGGUGAUUUUGCUCAGUGCUGCUUCGAGUCGUAUACAGAACAUUAACUACAGAAACUCCUCAACGGAUACAUGUACCUCAGUCGUGUUUUAAAUGUUAUGAGAUGUCAUGGAGUGAAGGAUUUGGGAAAGAGAUGCUUUUCAUUUGUUUAAUAAUGAAAUCACAUAGUCCAAAGUGCUUUACUGUUUCUGCUCUGUGUUAAAGUGUUCAAAUGGUGAUUUUGUAUAACUGAUUUAUUUCCCACUGGAACUGAAAUGAUAUGUUUAAAAUAGUAACAUGGUUAUAUUUCUUGUAUGAUAAAAUAUUCAAUUCCAGAAUAUGGUGAGGAUCCUGAUUAUGAACGAUGUGUUGUAUUUAGAAACAUAGCCCUAUUUUGUUUUAAGCAAACAAAAGACCUGGAAGAUUCUCCAUGGCCGAGCAUGACAAAAGUACCCUGUUGAAAGGUAAGCUUAAAUAACUACUGGUAAAACACUGGGUGCACUAUAUUUCUGGACAAAAUUUAUAGUUAUUUUCUAUGUCACCCUUCAAAAGGGAUCUAUUCAGGUUAAAAAUCAUAUUUAUGCUGAAGUGUUUAUCUGGUGUUAAUUCAUAAUCUCAUAUGGGUUCAUAACUGAAGUAAGGCACUAAUAAGUAGUUUUCUCACUUGUAAUAAUUUGUUCACAAUUCCAAGAGACUUUGAUCUGCUUUCUUAAUGAUGUCACAGGCUGACCCCAAACAUAAAUUCUAAAUAACAUCCAGUAAAUCGGUAUUGCUCUAUGACUUUAUGUUUUAACUAAGAAGGAAAAUUCAUAGAUGUUUCUAUUAGAUUUUAUAAAAAUUCAAAAGUCUCAAAUGUCAUCUUGAGUCUCAAUUUUCUGACUCUGGCCCUUCUUAAUAUUGUAAGGUUUUGUUCACAUUUAUAAGCAAAAAGUAUUCAAUUACGUUUAGCCUUUAAAUGGGAAACUCAGGUAAACGAACUGCUGACUUUUCUAAAGUCCUUUAAUGGAUCAACUCAGUGUAAAAGGGGUAUUUACCUAAUCCCUUUCUGUAUUUUACAAGUGCUCUUGCUAACAAGAAACAAACUAGCUCUUUUUCUCCAACCUCUAUAGGAUUCAUGAGAAACUGCUUAUGUAAAUAUAAAAGCACCAUAUGUAAUCAUAACUCCUAUGGCUGCUUGACGCCCAUGAUGGGUAUGCUUUUUGGUCAGUUUUAAUGGUUAAGUAUCAAACAGCUUAUUUGUCUGGUGAUGGUCUGGUUGAAACAGAACAUAUAAGUAUAUCCCAAUGGAACUCACACCUAAGGAGACCACACCUCAGAAACUAGUCAUGUGUUAGGUUUUUGUUUUGUUUUGUUCUUAACACAACAUUUUUAAUAUAAAUGUUCUUGAUACAGUGAAACCUGUUACUUACAAUUGUAAAUUUUUUCUUAUUGUUCACGCACCUCUUCCCUGCUGUUACAUUUCCUAUGUAGCUACUGUAAAGAGUUCGAACAAUUCACAUGGCAUCCUGUUCAGCAGGCACUGCGUUUUCAGAAAGCCUUGGAAAAUAUGCCUGCUAUGAGUAUUUUGUUCAUUCAGAGGUUCCACUUUAUUUGCCUCUCAAGCCGUCUUCAUGAAAGAGCAUCUUAAACCUCCUGGAUUCUUUCUUGGGCUACUUGGUAUGAGGAAAGCCCAAGUUCUUGCAAUAUGCUAUCUUAUGAUUUCUGAUAUUAAGAAAGAGAAGACAAAUUCUUUACAUCUCUUCUUACCAUUUCCCCCAAGAAGAGUUUUGCUGUUGUUUAUUUUUCUAAUUCUUGUUUUAAAAAGUCCAUUUAUAAGUAGUUUAUUUUACUUUCUAAUUUCAUGCCAAAUACCUGAUCCAUAGUAAUGAUGUAUUUACUUAAACAGUGAACAUUCAUGAUCCAUCUUUAUGAAAAUGGUCAGCAGUACUUAGUAGUGAAUACAUAAGAUACAUUUUAAUAUAAUUUCAACUCGUGUUGUAUUAAUUCUGAAAGUGACCACGCUGGUCAAGCAGUUCACAUUUUUGGUAGGAUCUCAAUAAUUCACAGUAGGGUCCAAUAGCAGCCUUAAGUUAGUAAAACAAAGGAACAAAACAGAACAGUGAGCAGUGAGGGGAAUGCCUCAAGAGUCUGUAAGGUAUUCUCAUCUUUUCUUGUCUAUUCAGACCCGUUGUAGGAAAAUUUGGACAGUCUCAGCCAGGCCUGCCAUUGAUUUUUCAGAUUUAGGCCUCAGUGACAUGCUUCUAAUACAAUUUCAUACUAGCUUUCAAACUAGGUGUCCACUCUUACUCCUUUCUCCCAGAGCCACACACUGACAAAAGUUAACAUCCUGAAGUUCAUUCUGGGGAAAGGAAAGAGUGUCCUCCUGCCCCCAAGGAAUUUUUUUUUUUUUAAAUCAGAAGACCUUGAAAAAGGGUACUUUGAAGAGCUUAAUUUGUUGGCCGUGUUAAGUAACAGUUCCUCUGCAUGGUUUUUAACGUGGUAUAAAUUGGCUUUCUGCGGAAUACUAGUCUCUCUCCCACCUGAUCCUGCCUCUUCAAUGAAUAUCUUUACUGGGGUUGAAACUCAUAAUGCCUUAUGUGCUCACUCAGUUGUUGUUUGUUUGUUUGUUUGUUCUUCCUACGACUUGUUUUCUCUCACUGUCUCUAUGUGUUCAGAUUGUGUCAAAUGCUGGUAAACCUCUAAGAUUGUCAAGGAAAUGCUUGAAAGUUGAUUUGUCACAGUGCGAAUUCAUGAUAAAAUGUCUUAGUGUUAUUUGGCUAUGUAGUACAUAGGAACGGAAAAUAACUUAAAUAAAGACAUUUUUGUAAUUUAAAA